AUGUAUCUCCGCUCCCUACCCCGUGCUGCGAAAGCCGCGACCGCCGGCAGCUCGAAGCAGCUAUCUACAUCGAUCAGAAGCUUUCAGACUUCGACUGCUCGUCUUGCACCCUCUUUCUCCGCCAUUCAACAUGCACCUAUGACCAGCCAAUCUCAAUCUCGGGGCGCUCACGCCAUCUCGAACCCUACUUUGGCCGGCAUCGAGAAGAGAUGGGAAGGCAUGCCCCCCCAAGAGCAGGCUGAGCUGUGGAUGCAGUUGAGAGAUAGAAUGAAGGUUGACUGGAAUGAGAUGACUCUGCAAGAGAAGAAAGCUGCUUGGUGGAUCGCUUUCGGGCCUCAUGGUCCACGUGCAGAGGCGCCCCCGGGCGAGUGGUCAAAGGUUUUCCUCUACGCUAUGAUCGGUGUCGCCAUCUCUGGCGGUCUGUUUUUUAGCAUUCAUGCCUUCGCCCGACCUCCCCCAAGAUCAAUGACCAAGGAAUGGCAAGAAGCUACCAACGAGUAUCUCAGGGCCGAGAAAUCCAACCCCAUCUACGGUAUCAGCAGCGACUCAUACAAGGGCAAGGGUCAUGUUCAGAGUCCUCCUGCAAAGUCGCGGGGAAUCAGCUUGGAGCCCGAAGACGGCAUCGCCCGUGCCUUGGGCAAGUCUGCUCGCCCUACCUUUGCCCGAUCCACCAUCACCCCUCUGCGACAAAAGGCUGCUCCAGCUUUUGCACAGCCCUUUGCGCGGAGAUGGGCCUCGACAGACAAAGCUCAGGAUGGCAAGAUCCAUCAGGUCAUUGGUGCUGUCGUUGACGUCAAGUUCGAUGGCGAAACCCUCCCUCCCAUUCUCAACGGUCUCGAGACCGACAACCAGGGCAACCGCUUGGUCUUGGAAGUCGCGCAACAUCUGGGUGAGAACGUCGUGAGAUGUAUUGCCAUGGACGGUACCGAAGGUCUCGUCCGAGGCCACAAGGUCGUUGACACUGGCUCUCCCAUUCUUAUUCCCGUCGGCCCCGGCACUCUCGGUCGUAUCAUGAACGUCACUGGUGACCCCAUCGACGAGAGAGGUCCCAUCAAGGCCACCAAGCGAGCUCCCAUCCACGCUCCUGCUCCGGAGUUCGUUGACCAGGCCACCACUGCCGAAGUCCUGAUUACUGGUAUCAAGGUCGUCGAUCUUCUGGCUCCUUAUGCCCGUGGUGGUAAGAUUGGUCUGUUCGGUGGUGCUGGUGUCGGCAAGACUGUGUUCAUCCAGGAGCUCAUUAACAACAUCGCUAAGGCCCACGGUGGUUACUCAGUCUUCACUGGUGUUGGUGAGCGUACCCGUGAGGGUAACGAUCUGUACCACGAAAUGCAGGAGACCUCUGUCAUCCAGCUCGAUGGCGAGUCCAAGGUCGCCCUUGUGUUCGGUCAGAUGAACGAGCCCCCUGGGGCCCGUGCUCGUGUCGCUCUGACUGGUUUGACUGUGGCCGAGUACUUCAGAGACGAAGAAGGUCAAGAUGUGUUGCUCUUCAUUGACAACAUUUUCCGCUUCACUCAGGCCGGUUCUGAAGUGUCUGCCCUGCUUGGUCGUAUUCCCUCAGCUGUCGGUUACCAACCCACCUUGGCCGUCGACAUGGGUCUCAUGCAGGAACGUAUUACCACCACCCAGAAGGGCUCCAUCACCUCAGUCCAGGCCGUCUACGUGCCUGCUGACGAUUUGACUGAUCCCGCGCCUGCCACCACUUUCGCCCAUCUAGACGCCACCACUGUGUUGUCUCGUGGUAUCUCUGAGUUGGGUAUCUACCCCGCUGUCGACCCUCUCGAUUCCAAGUCUCGUAUGUUGGAUCCCCGUGUCGUUGGUCAGGAUCACUACGAUACCGCCUCCCGUGUCCAGCAGAUGCUCCAGGAGUACAAGUCGCUGCAGGAUAUCAUCGCCAUUCUCGGUAUGGACGAACUGUCUGAAGCCGACAAGCUUACUGUCGAGCGUGCCCGCAAGCUGCAGCGUUUCUUGUCCCAGCCUUUCACCGUCGCUCAAGUUUUCACCGGUAUCGAGGGCAAGCUUGUCGACCUCAAGGACACCAUCAGUUCGUUCAAGAAGAUCAUCAGCGGUGAGGGUGAUGACCUUCCCGAAGGUGCCUUCUACAUGGUCGGCGACUUCGAAUCUGCCCGUGCCAAGGGUGAGAAGAUUCUUGCCGAGUUGGAGGGCUCUUCAUAG